UUUAGUCACAAGCACCUCUUCGGCAAAGCCCACCUCCCUCUCUCGCUUGAUUCCCCGGCCAUCCUUAUCAAAGACCUUCCAGAUUCAAGUGAUUCUCCUGUCUCAGCCUCUCGAGUAGCUGGGACUACAGUGAUUUCCUGAAGGAAAUAUAAUGAUCUGUUCAUCGAAGUAGAAGAUAUUGUUGGCCACGUGGGAUCGAAGACCAAAAACAUGCAGCGUCUGAGCUACCACGGCCGACAUGAUCUCCCGCCAAAGAGUUCUGCUGAACCACCAAGACCACGCAUGUAUCCCCAAGCACUACCUAUGCGGAUCCUAAGCAACCCGAGCACUUUCAAACGCCGUAGCGGUUCCUAUAGCAACGACAAACCGGAAGUAUGGUUUGCCGCCGGAAGCGGAAGUCCCAAUCAAAAGUUGAGCAGUAGCUGUGUGGGACCUGCGUGCGGCGAGAUGGACACUCCUCCGCUCUCGGAUUCGGAGUCGGAAUCCGAUGAGUCUCUUGUCACAGACAAAGAGUUGCAGGAUGCGUUUUCCCGCGGGCUUCUGAAGCCAGGCCUCAAUGUCGUGCUAGAGGGGCCGAAGAAGGCCGUGAACGACGUGAAUGGCCUGAAGCAGUGUUUGGCAGAAUUCAAGCGGGAUCUGGAAUGGGUUGAAAGACUCGAUGUGACACUGGGUCCGGUGCUGGAAAUCGGUGGAUCUGAGGCGCCAGCACCUCAGAACAAGGACCAGAAAGCUGUUGAUCCAGAAGACGACUUCCAGCGAGAGAUGAGUUUCUACCGCCAAGCCCAGGCCGCAGUGCUUGCAGUCUUACCCCGCCUCCAUCAGCUCAAAGUCCCUACCAAGCGACCCACUGAUUAUUUUGCAGAAAUGGCCAAGUCUGAUCUGCAGAUGCAGAAGAUUCGACAGAAGCUGCAGACUAAACAGGCUGCCAUGGAGAGGUCUGAAAAGGCUAAACAACUGCGAGCACUUAGGAAAUACGGGAAGAAGGUGCAAACGGAGGUUCUUCAGAAGAGGCAGCAGGAGAAAGCACAUAUGAUGAAUGCUAUUAAGAAGUAUCAGAAAGGCUUCUCUGAUAAACUGGAUUUCCUUGAGGGAGAUCAGAAACCUCUGGCACAGCGCACGAAGGCAGGAGCCAAAGGCCAGCAGAUGAAGAAGGGGCCCAGUGCUAAACGACGGUAUAAAAACCAGAAGUUUGGUUUUGGUGGAAAGAAGAAAGGCUCAAAGUGGAACACUCGGGAGAGCUAUGAUGAUGUAUCUAGCUUCCGGGCCAAGACAGCUCAUGGCAGAGGCCUCAAGAGGCCUGGCAAGAAAGGAUCAAAUAAGAGACCUGGAAAACGAACAAGAGAGAAGAUGAAGAACAGAAUACACUAAACAGCAUCUUUGAAUACAAAGAACCAAGAAAAAGGAAUGAAGACUCACAAUUUCACAACACACUUUGAUCCCUUCUGUUGGUGUCAUGUUGUAAACAUUUCUUUCAAUAAACUAAAGAAAAAUUAUUAAAGGAACACA